AUGGAAGUUGGGGAAGCAACUGCUGUAGCAAAUGGUUUUUGCAUGAAUGAGGGAGAUAGAGAAAUCAGCUAUGCCAAUAAUUCUAUGAUACAAAAAACAGUGAUUUUGAAGACAAGGAGAAUUCUUGUAGAUACUAUCAAAGACUUGUUCUGCAACGUUCUUCCAACUUGUAUUAAAGUGGCAGAUUUGGGUUGUUCAUCAGGGCCAAACACCUUCUUAACAAUCUCUGAAGUCAUUGGCAGUGUUCAAGAGAUGUGCCAACAAUUACAGCUCAAAUCACCUGAGUUUCAAAUGUUUCUAAAUGAUCUUCCUGGAAAUGACUUCAACGCCAUUUUCAGGUCUGUUCCUGCUUUCUUUGAGAAGCUUAAGAGAGAGAAGGGCGAUCUCAUAGGGCAUUGUUCAAUAUCAGGAGUACCAGGUUCCUUCUAUGGAAGACUUUUCCCAAGCAGAAGUCUACAUCUUAUACAUUCUUCUUAUAGUGUUCAUUGGCUAUCAAAGGUCCCAGACGGAAUUGAGAACAACAAGUGGAAUGUGUACAUGGCAAAAUCAAGUCCUCCCAAUGUAUUUAAAGCUUAUGCGAAGCAAUUUAAGGAGGACUUCUCAUCGUUUUUAAGCAUGCGGUCAGAAGAAAUAAAACCUCGCGGGCGUAUGAUUCUCACUUUCAUCGGUAGGAGCAACCCAGAUCCCUCGACCGAUUUUUAUGGUUGGGAAUUGCUAGCAAAAACACUCUGUGACUUGGUGGCAGAGGGACUUGUGAAAGAGGCUGAUUUGGAUUCAUUCAACAUUCCUCUUUACACACCCUACAAGGAAGAAGUAAGUGAGAUUGUUCAAGAUGAAGGAUCCUUUGAAGUUGACAGGCUACAAGUUUUUGAAGUUGAUUGGGAUGAUGGAGAAGACGUCCACAGCAAUGGUCUUGUGUUGAACAAGUACGAACGAGGGCAGAAGAUUGCGAAUUAUGUAAGAGCUAUUUCAGAACAGUUGCUUGCCAGUCACUUUGGAGAUGCCGUAAUUGAUAGGUUAUUCACAAGGUUAGCGAUACAUGAGGCGGAGCACCUGGCUUCCAACCUUGGAAAGGUGGUUACUGUUGUCGUUUCAAUGACAAAGAAGUAGCCAGAAAGCUGCAUACGUUUUUAGUUAAAAGCCUAAUGUCUCCCUUAUAUAAUAAUUGAGUUAGCUUUGCAGAGUGUCCCUACGUUUUCGACAAUAGCACACGCGGGGACACAAUUUUAAAUUAAAAAAAAUAAAAGAUAUAAAUUAUUAGUCUUUGGUAGUUGCACUAAGUGUGUUAAAGUGCAAAUCGAAGCAUG